UCAGCCGGAACUGAAUUACCUCUUUCUGUUGUCCUCCCUGACCCCACAGGGUCAGAAGCAGGAAUUGGAGCAAUCGCUGGAGGCCGGAGGAUGGGCUCUACCUCCCGACUCUCAGCAGAACCUGAACCGCUUGCUCCAGCGGCUGGCUCAGUACCUCUCCCUGGAGGAGGAAAUCCUGGAGGACUUGGCGGGCGAGCUAGGCCGGAGGGGCUCCGCCGCCAGCAGGGGGCAGGAGAUGCUGGUGGCCGAGGUCCUGAUGCUGCGCCGGGAGUUGGACAAGCAGCGCGGGCUGGCGGCCUCCAUGCGGCAGGCCCUGGAAGGCCUCAUCGAGAGGGUCAGCGGCCUUGGCGAGGCUGUCACGGGCGUGGAGGUGCUGGCCGCACUCGGGGAGCUGGAGCAGAAGCUGGCCUUCGAACUGCAGCGCUCCGAGGUCUGGGAGAAGGUGUACGGGGCCAGCUCCUGGCAGGACGCCACUCCCUUAAACCCAGAGGAGAGCAACCCGGAGGCCAAGGGUGGGGAAGAGGCCCAAGACUCCACGAUGAGUAGGCCGCAGGAUGACGAGAAGGCCCGAGUCUCCACGAUGAGUAGGCCGCAGGAUGAAGAGCAGGCUCCAGACUCCACAAUGAGUAGGCCACAGGAUGAAGAGAGAACCCAAGACUCCAUGAUGAGUAGGCCGCAGGAUGAAGAGCAGGCCCAAGGCUCCACGAUGAGUAGGCCACAGGAUGAAGAGCAGGUCCAAGGCUCCACAAUGAAUAGGCCGCAGGAUGACGAGAAGGCCCAAGGCUCCACGAUGAGUAGGCCGCAGGAUGACGAGAAGGCCCAAGGCUCCAUGAUGAGUAGGCUGCAGGAUGACGAGAAGACCCAAGGCUCCACGAUGAGUAGGCCACAGGAUGACGAGAAGGCCCGAGGCUCCACAAUGAGUCGGCCACAGGCUGACGAGAAGACCCAAGGCUCCACGAUGAGUAGGCCACAGGAUGACGAGAAGGCCCAAGGCUCCACGAUGAGUAGGCCGGAGGCUGUGAGCAAAGAUGAGGAGAAGGCCCGAGUGAGCGGUCCACAGGCCGACGGUACACAAGGACCGCGUGGGCACCAGGGCCGGAGAGAGGAGGAGCACCCCGAGAGAUGGGACAGCUAUCGUCAACGGCCCGGGAAGGAGGGGAGACCCGACAAGCACAGGAGGCCGAAAUCGGGCGGAGUGGAAGACCGUGACCGUCUGCGCAAAGGCUUUUGGAGGGCGCAGGCCCAGAAGCAGCGGGCGGACUGCCUCGACCUGGUCGGCUGCGCCCGCAAGGACGGUGUCGAGGGGUUCGGGGUGGAGCUGGGACCCGUCGAAGCAGCCCAUUUCCGGGAGCUCCUCCGGGAGUACACGGAGAGGUGGAGGCUGGGAGAAGUCUGGUCCUCGGAGCUGCAGGACGUGGUGACCCCGUUUUUCAGGGACGGCCUCUUCAUCCACGACCAGCUGCGGUUCAGCACCUUCGUCGACCGCCUGGAGGAUUAUGUGGAGGAAAUCGCCGAGCGCCUCUUCGGGGAUGACGACGCCGUUGGGGACUUCGAAGAUCACGUCUACAGGGGCCUGCUGGGAGAGGCCGCCCUCCAACACGAACGCAGUAAGAAAGCCAAGCAGAAGAGCCACUAUGACAACCGAGGAGGUCGUAGGUCAGCGAAGCGUGGCCACCAAGAUGGCCGCCGAGCACGGGAGAAGAAAUGGCGACCAUCUUCGGGCGAGGGGAGAGAAGAGAAUAGAGGGCAUUUGGAGCCUUAACGGCACGAUUUGCGUGGGGGAUUUCCCCCCAUUUUUGGGGCGAGACAGCAGGGGGCCGGGUGGUGAAGAGUGUGGCCUUUGGUACAGACCAGACCCACACCUCCCUCCCUCUCUCCCCACAAAACUAUCUCUCUCUCCUUCUCCCAACCACACUCACCCUCCCUCCCUG